AUGUCUUCUGCUACCACUGUUGACCCAAAAGAGGCGUUCGAUCUCAUCACCAAGAACUUGCAAGAAGUCUUGAACCCACAGAUCAUUAAAGAUGUGCUUGAAGUACAAAAAAGGCAUUUGAAGUUAUACUGGGGCACGGCGCCCACUGGGAGACCUCAUUGUGGUUACUUCGUUCCUAUGACCAAACUGGCCCACUUCUUGAAAGCGGGCUGUGAAGUCACUGUUCUUUUAGCCGACCUGCACGCCUUCUUAGAUAACAUGAAGGCGCCAUUGGAAGUGGUGAACUACAGGGCCAAGUACUACGAAUUGACCAUCAAAGCCAUUUUGAGGAGCAUCAAUGUUCCAAUUGAAAAAUUAAAGUUUGUUGUGGGCUCUUCUUACCAGUUGACGCCUGAAUAUACGAUGGAUAUCUUCAGAUUGUCCAAUAUUGUAUCACAAAACGAUGCUAAGAGAGCAGGUGCUGAUGUCGUCAAACAAGUAGCUAAUCCACUUUUGAGUGGGUUGAUCUAUCCUUUGAUGCAAGCGUUGGACGAACACUUCCUUGACGUUGAUUGUCAAUUCGGUGGUGUCGAUCAAAGAAAAAUCUUUGUCUUGGCUGAAGAAAACUUGCCAAGCCUGGGUUACAAAAAGAGAGCGCACCUAAUGAAUCCCAUGGUUCCAGGUUUGACUCAAGGUGGCAAAAUGUCCGCCUCUGAUCCAAAUUCAAAGAUUGACUUGUUGGAAGAACCAAAACAAGUCAAGAAGAAGAUCAACAGUGCAUUUUGUAGCCCUGGUAACGUUGAAGACAACGGGUUAUUAUCGUUUGUGGAAUACGUCAUUGCGCCAAUCCAAGAAUUGAAGUUUGGCACAGACCAUUUUAAAUUUUUUAUUGAUAGACCAGAAAAGUUCGGUGGCCCAAUUACCUACAAAUCCUUGAAAGAUAUGAAGUUAGCUUUCAAAGAAGAAAAAUUGUCCCCACCUGAUUUAAAGAUUGGUGUUGCUGACGCUAUCAACGAACUUCUAGAACCAAUCAGACAAGAGUUUGCCAAUAACAAAGAAUUCCAAGAAGCUUCCGAGAAGGGUUAUCCAGUUGCCGUACCACAAAAGACCAAGAAGCUCAAGAAACCAAAGAACAAGGGUUCUAAGUACCCGGGCGCUCCAAAGACCGAAGAAGUUGCUGCCAAACUAGAAGAAACGAAGUUGUAA